CUCUCUCUCUCUCUAAAUCGUUCUUUGUGAAAGUUUCCUCCUUUCUACGCAAAAGCGAACGCAGAUCUUAAUGCAGCUACAGUGAUUUCGAUUUUUUUUUUUGGGGUUAAAAUAUAAAACUCUUCUCAUCAGCAUCUGGGUUUCUCCCAAAGUUUGUGCAGAGCCGUUCUUGUUGCUCUUCCACUGAUCUAUAAACCAUGUGGAAGUUCAAACCAUUCGCUCAGAAAGAGCCCGCGGGUCUCGAAGGUCGUUACCUCGAGAUAGGAAGCCUCAAAGUCCAGGUGAGAGGCGUCAUCGCUGAAGGAGGAUUCUCCAGCGUCUACUUGGCUCAAGACACAAACCACGCGUCUAAGCAGUACGCUUUGAAGCACAUGAUAUGCAACGACGAGGAGUCGCUCGAGCUCGUGAUGAAAGAGAUCUCUGUUCUGAAAUCUCUGAAGGGGCAUCCGAACGUAGUCGCGCUGUACGCGCACGGUGUCUUGGAUACGGGGAGGAACAAGAAGGAAGCUCUUUUGGCUAUGGAGUAUUGCGGGAAGUCUCUUGUGGAAGUGCUUGAGAGCAGAGGUGCUGGUUACUUUGAAGAGAAACAGGCUCUUUUGAUCUUCAGAGAUGUGUGUAAUGCUGUCUUUGCGAUGCAUUCUCAGUCCCCACGCAUCGCUCACAGAGACUUGAAGGCUGAGAAUCUUCUAUUGAGCUCAGAUGGACAGUGGAAGCUAUGCGAUUUCGGAAGCGUUUCAACAAACCACAAGGUAUUCGAAAGAGCAGAAGAGAUGGGAAUUGAAGAAGACAAUAUAAGGAAACACACAACACCAGCAUAUAGAGCUCCUGAGAUGUGGGAUCUCUUUCGAAGGGAGAUUAUAAGUGAGAAGGUCGAUAUAUGGGCUCUUGGAUGUCUUUUAUAUCGGAUAUGCUAUUUCAAGAGUGCGUUUGAUGGAGAAUCAAAGCUUCAGGUUUUAAACGGGAACUACCGUAUACCUGAAUCUCCCAAGUACAGUUCCUCUGUCACGGAUCUCAUUAGAGACAUGCUUCAAGGUUCACCUGAUGAACGACCAGAUGUUACACAGGUUUGGUUUCGUGUCAACCAGCAGCUUCCUGCUAAUUUACAGAAGUCAUUACCUGAUGGACCACCUGAAAUGCAAUCUACUGACGGUUCAUCAUCAAAACCAUCAAGCAAAUCUUCUCCAGCACCUCGUAGAAGUCCACCACCUCCACCACCAUCAUCGUCUGGAGAACAAGCUAGUGGAGGAGGCCCUCUUGGUGCCUUUUGGGCGACUCAGCAUGCUCAAACCUCUGUUGUAUCAGAAGACAACAAUACUAACAUAGCUAAAAAGCCUAGUCCUGUGAGAGGAGAGGCUCGAGGUAAGGAUACAAGUCCUGCUGCAGCAGCAGCCAGUAACAGGGCAAGAGUGUCUAAGGACGAUGCUUUUAACUCGUUUGUUGCUGACUUUGAUACCGCGAAGCUUGAUAAUGGUAAUAAACCUGGAAAAGAAGAGGCAUUGGAAGCUGAGAUAGAGAGGUUAAAGGAUGAGUUGAAGCAUACAAAGUCAGAGAAGGCUGAGAUUACUGCUAAGUUCGAAAAGCUUUCUGCUAUCUGCAGAUCGCAGAGGCAAGAGUUGCAGGAUCUCAAGCAAGCACUUGCCUCUAAAUCUGCGUCAGCCUCACCAAGCAGAGACUUGUCACAUAACCAAACAUCUCCAGGGAUGCGUUCCGUGUCCUCAACUCCUUCGAGAGAUAGGGUUGAAGGAAGUGUUUGGGAUCUUCAGCAAACAGACAGGUCUGAUUGGUCAACAGGAAGCUCGGAUCCAAACUCAUGGCAACCUUUUAGUGAACCCGUGUUGGAAUCUGCAUCAAAGACCCUUAAUCAGUCUGUGAGAACAAAAAGUAAACCAGCUUCUUCAGCUCCUGCUCCAGCAAGCCAAGGUUUUGAGCCAUGGGGGUUCGAGACAGAGUCCUUCAGAGCUGCUGCAACGGCUUCAGCGUCUGCAACCCAAAGAUCUGUAAGUUCUGGAAACACUUCACAACAGAGAUUUGGGAACACAAAGAUGAGGGAUAACCAGAAAGCUGCUCAACCUGCUGGAUGGGCUGGCUUCUAAAAAAACUCUCACUCUAUCUCAAUGCUCAUUGAUAUUUCCUCGUACAACAACAACAGCUUCUUGCUUGCCAUUACAGAAUCUUGAAAUCUUUUUGUAGAUGAUCGACCGAACAUCCUUUGUUUUUGGCGGCUAUAUAUAAUAUAUAUAUCUACUGUUUUUAUAGACUGUUUAAACUUACAGAUUUGGUUUUUGAGGAAUGGAUAACUCAUUCUUGAGA